UAAUACUGAACCAUGAUGAUUAUUUAUGAUGAUUAUUAUAUGAUUGUAAUAAACAGUAAAAACAGUUUAUUAAAAUUAUUAUUCUAAAAUCUUUAAGUGUCCUUCAUCUUGGGACGGAACAGCAGACAGAUAAAAUAUGAUGUUUAUCAGACUUCACGGCUCCUUCACAGAUGGAUAAUCUGUGGAACAAAAGUUACAGCUUGACCCAGCUGGGGAAGUGUAACCUUUGGGUCACAAAUAUGAGGCCAUUCUUGUCGCUACAAGAUGUAGGUUAUUAUUUUAGAUCAAACCUAUGUUAGUUAAUAAUACUUGUAACUCAGGGCAGCGCAAGUGGGAGGAGCAAAUAAUCUGCUUGUUUUGUUUUUUAUAAUCGUUCAAAACUCAGAUCGUAAUCGUGAUUAAAAUUCGAUUAAUUGAGCAUCCCUAGGUCAGAUUGUUUCCACACCAUGCCACAAAGCUCUCCACCAGCUCUCUGUACUCAGCUUCCUGUCCAUCUCUAAUACACCCGACAACUGCAGAGUCAUCUGAGUAUUUCUGUAGAUGACAGGUCUCUGAUUUGUACUGGAAGUCUGAGGUGUACAGGGUGAAAAGAAAUGAUGUUCAACAGAUGGUGCAGGUUAAAGAAGAUCCUGAAGAACAGAGUGCUGGUGUGGAACAGCAGGACCCAGAACAUCUCCACAUAAAGGAGGAAAAGGAGGAACUCUGGACCAGUCUUAAGGGAGAGCAUCUCUGUUUGAAGGAGGAGACUGAUUCUGCCUGGUUUCAUUUCACUGCUGUUUCUAUAAAGAGUGAGGAUGAUGAAGAGAAACGUCUGUUUUCACAGCUUCAUCAGCAGCAAAUAGAAGACAAAGAUGUCCCAACCAGCAGCUCAUCUGACCAGAUGACAGCAGAAACUGGUGGAGGAGCAGGAACUAGCAGGAACCCAGAUCUGAACCCUCAUGAACAAACAUCUGAUUCUUCAGAGACUGAAGUUAGUGGAGAUGAUAUGAAUCUAGACUCUGGGAUGUCAGACUCUGGGUCUGAAACUGGAGACGAGGGCCAUGACUGGAAUGAGAAAAGGUCUUCUGAGUCAGGUGUUAAGACUGUCAACAUAUCCCUUAGCUGCCUUGAGUGCUGUGAACGAUUUCAUGACAAGCAGUCUCUCCAGAAACACGUGAGAGUAACCAGUCAUUCAGCAAUCAGGUCUUCCAGCUCUUUGGGUAAUAAGAAAUCGGUUGGACUUAAGCAACCUGUAGACUCAUAUAGGGAUGUCCAGAAAGAACUAAAAUCAUUUAGUUGUGGUGACUGUGGAAAAAUAUUUAGUACAAAAUCAAGUUAUAACAGACACCAGAGAAUCCACACAGGACAUAAACCAUUUGCUUGUGAGUUCUGUGGAGAAAGGUAUGGACAAAAGAAAAAUUUAUUCAAUCACAUGAAAGUCCACACAGGACAUAAACCUUUUGUCUGUGAGCUCUGUGGACAAACAUUUAAACAUAAGUCGAAUUUAAACGAUCACACGAGAGUCCACACAGGACAUAAGCCAUUUGUCUGUGAGCUCUGUGGAAAAAGAUUUACCCAUAAGUCGAAUUUAAACGAUCACAUGAGAGUCCAUACAGGACAGAAACCAUUUGUCUGUGAGCUCUGUGGAAAAAGAUUUACCCAAAAGGCUAAUUUAAACACUCACAUAAGAGUCCACACAGGACAUAAACCAUUUGUCUGUGAGCUCUGUGGAAAAAGAUUUACCCAAAAGUCAAAUUUAAAUGAUCACAUGAGAGUCCACACAGGUCAGAAGCCUUUUGUCUGUGAGCUCUGUGGAAAAAGAUUUACCCAUAAAUCAAAUUUAAACAGUCACAUGAGAGUCCACACAGGACAUAAACCAUUUGUCUGUGAGCUCUGUGGAAAAAGAUUUAAACAUAAGUCAACUUUCAUCUGUCACAUGAGAGUCCACACAGGACAGAAGCCUUUUGCCUGUGAGUUCUGUGGAGAGAGAUUUGAACACAAGUUGGAUUUAAACACUCACAUGAGAGUCCACACAGUACAGAAGCCUUUAAUCUGUGAGUGCUGUGGAAGAAGAUUUAAACAUAAGUCAGCUUUCAACCGUCACAUGAGAGUCCACACAGGACAGAAGCCUUUUGCCUGUGAGCUCUGUGGACAAAGAUUUACCCAAAAGUCGAAUUUAAACACUCACAUGAGAGUCCACACAGGGCAUGAACCAUUUGUCUGUGAGCGCUGUGGACAAAGAUUUAAACAUAAGUCAGCUUUCAACCGUCACAUGAGAGUCCACACAGGACAGAAGCCUUUUGGCUGUGAGCUCUGUGGAAAAAGAUUUACCCAAAAGUCGAAUUUAAACACUCACAUGAGAGUCCACACAGGACAUAAACCAUUUGCUUGAGUUCUGUGGAGAAAGAUUUGGACAAAAGAGAAAUUUAUUCAAGCACAUGAGUGUCCACACAGGAUAGAAACCUUCUGUUUGUGAGCUCUGUGGAAAAAUUUAAAGUGACUGUGUGUAUUUUCCCUGGCAAUGGGGGGCAGUGCAUACAUAAAUGAUUGCAAGCAAGUUGUUUUUUUGUGUUUGAGUAAGACUUUACCAAUGUAUGGCUAUUAGGGUCAAAAACCUCUGCACUAUUCAAACAUGUCUUGUCAGUUUACAGCAACAGAUUCCAAAUGCAAAAAGCACGCUUGAAAUGAACUCUAGACCAGGGGUGUCAAACAUGCGGCCCGCGGGCCGGAUCCGGCCCGCAAGCGGGUUAAAUCCGGCCCGCGAGAUGGUUGUGUAAACUUUAUUUUCAUACUUUACAAUGUAGAGUGAAAAUAAACUUAUCUUUGUGAGCAAGUUUUCUCUGUAAUGAGUAUAAAUAAAACCAAGCUGCGCGCAAGGCCCACACAAGAACUUGAAUCACAUCCUGAAGUUGGCCGCCACUCAGGAUGUGACUUCUGAUAUUGAUGUGCUGGUGAAAGCUAAAAGAUGUUAGGUAAAAUUAGUCAAAUAUACUUUAAGUGCUGCAUGAAAGUGAUCUAGCCAUGUGAUCUGUAAGCUCUUUGAAUCACUAAGGAAUGCUUUUUUUAUUGAUUGAUUUUUUAUUUUAUUUAUUUCAAAUUUUCAAGUACACUUCAGGUGUUGUACUUGUACUAUUUUGGAUACACUGUCCUCAGGCUCCAGCCUUGUUUUAUAUUGAUUGUAUUAAAACAAAGAAAACAAUCUGAAGUUGUUUUUAAUUUACCGGUCUGGCCCACUUGGGACUAGAUUUCUCGCAAUGUGGCCCCUGGGCUAAAAUGAGUUUGACACCCCUGCUCUAGACCUUUUAUCUGCUCAUUGUAAUAGAGAUGAGGGAAUAACACACACCUUGCCAUGGAACAGCUGAGAUGCCAAUUGUCCCAUUUCUUUUGGUCCCUUAACAAGUGGGAGGCACAUAUGCUAACUGUUGUAAUUCCUACACAGUUCACCUGAUUUGGAUGUAAAUAACCUCAAAUAAAAGCUGACAGUCUGCAGUUAA